CACUCCAGUGUGUGCGCGAGAGGGAGGGAGUCUGGAUGAGGGGUCUGACUCUCUCACGCUCAGUGCUUUAAUAUUAGAAAUAAACGCUGAAAAAUAAUCAGCACAAAUAACAGAUGAACUCAUAGGUUUUCUGCAGGUGAUCAACUGGAUAACAAGCUUUCUCUGUGUGUGUUAAUGUGGCUAGUUUUGGGUCAUGGCAUCCACUGGUGUCACUAGUCACCUGCCUCCAGUCAAGAGUGUGAUGGUCUACAGAAAUGGAGACCCUUUCUUUUCAGGAAGGAGAUUUGUGGUAAACCAGAGGCAAAUCUCCACCAUGGAUGCGUUUCUUAAUGACAUCACUCUCAGUAUUGGAGCUCCGUUAGCGGUUCGAACUCUUUAUACGCCACACUACGGCCAUCGGGUCACAGACCUUAGCGACCUACAGCAAGGGGCACAGUAUGUGGCCGCAGGGUUUGAGCGCUUUAAGAAACUAGAUUAUCUGACUUCGGGACAGAAGAAAGGUCCACUGUGCAGAGCUGUGGAACCAGCCCAGGCUAAAGCCCUUGUCAGGCCUAAUGUGUCUGCAAAAUGGAGUAAAGCCAUCACUCUGCCCUGCAUCAUACAUGUAUUUAGGAAUGGAGACAUCCUCAGUCCUGCCAUGCGUCUUAUCAUUCCCCGCAACAUGCAGAAAAAUCUAGAGCAGAUCCUGAGCCUCAUUUCUGAAAAAGCCAUGCUUCGCACAGGAGCCGUGCGCAGGCUUUGUACUCUGGAGGGCUUCACAGUGACCUCCACAGAAGAACUGGAGAGUGGGCAAAGCUAUGUAGCUGUGGGAACAGAGAGGUUCAAGAAACUUCCAUAUGUGGAGAUACUGUUGAACAAAGCAACAGGCAACAGCGCAGACAGACAUUUUACAGGAGACAGAGGAUUACAGAGAAGAACUGAGAGUAGAAAGAUGUUUCCCCAGGAGAGCCACAGUGACUCCACCCUAAUGAAUUUACCUGAGAGGGAAGGCAGGCGUGUGAAGUCCACAGGUGAUGAGGUUGAGCGAGAGAGCUCCCCUCAGCCGGUUAAGAGGAGAGGAAGAAGAGGAGAAAGAGAGGAAAACUCUGUUUUCUUUGCCAGACCUGUAAGAGUCCGUAGACACCCUCCCACAAACAGACCCCCUCCUAGAGCCACAAUAGAUGAGCCCAGUGUGUUUAAGGCCUCUAAGAGCAGGAUGAGGGAGGAGGUUCGAGGUGCUGAGGAGGUCACAGAGGAUGAAAACACAGCUGUAGAGCUUCCCAUUGACCAGAGAGAAGCAGAGGUUGUGGAGGUUGUGGAGGAUGAGGAGCUUCUUGAAAGUAACCAUUUCGAUACAGCCAACAUAAAUCAUAGAAAUUCAGCUGAACUGCACAGGCCAUCAUCUGAGUUCAUAGUGUCUGAGAGGGAGACAUGGGAGGACACGUCAGCUCCCCAGAGAGAAGCACAGCAGGGAUACACAUCCAGCAAAGAGUCUCAGCAUGACACAAACAAGCAAGAUGUUGAGUCAACCAAAUGGCAUUCCAGAGCUUCUUCAUCAUCUACAUCACCCAAAGUCUAUAAACAUUCCCCACGAAGUGAAGUAACACAACACAAACCUAAUGGGGUUUCCCGUGAGGAACAGACAGACAGGGAUACGGAGCGACCUCUCCAGUCUGAGGAUGAUGCAGGAGACAGAGACGCACCUUACUAAUCUAGACACAUUCUCUGAACGUGGAGCUCGCUAUGAAAUUAGCACUGUUUUGGUGAAUGAAUAGCUUUUAAAAUAAUGUAUCCUAGCAAAGUAACAGUGAUCUUACAGCAAUGCAGAAAUUCACUGAGAAAUGAUUAAAUUUUUUUAUUUCUUCUGUUUAACAAAAAUAAUACCUCGAUGUA